AUGGAGGCGGCACAUGAGGUGUCACUGCUGCAGAUGCAUGAGGGGAGGAGCUCAGUGGAGACUCUUCAUACAGGUAUUUAUGAACAGCUCAUAAGUGGUGAAGUAUGGCAGGUGAAGAUGUUCAUGUUGCAGAUGCCAAGGAUGAGUUGUGGAGUGUGCCUGCUGGGGGUGCUAUGCUGCCUGCUGAUCAUGCCAGCCUUGCUGCAAGCCUCGUCUCUGAUGCGACUCAACAAAGAUGCAGUCAGCAUUGAGUCGGCCAAGGCGCACGGGUUCUUGACUCAUUCUCGAGCCAAGAGGAACAUGGACCCCAAGUGGUACAGAGGCACACCUGACUUCCAGUCCUACUACCGCUUCUACACCAGCAUCGGACAUAUUGAAGGAAUCUAUGAGAUAGACAGAAUCCGGAUGCUGUACCAGCAGAUGCGCCACUUGGAGCUCACCUAUGGCCCGGAUGCCUCCAGCUACCAAAGUGUCUUAGGUGUACAGACCACCACUGCAGCUCCUACUACCGCCACCCAGCCUCCCACCACCCCAGCUCCUACAUCUGACCCUCUGGAGCAUGCUCAGAGGAUCUACCUGUGCCACCCCAAAGACCCUCUUUGCAAACCUCAGAUUGUCUACAUGCCCACCGGGGCCGUGGUGGUGCUGUGCGACCCACGGCACAACCCGGCCUGCAGGCCCAGAACGGAGGAAGAGAUCAAAUCCGCUGCUCCUCAUCCUCCUCAACAGCCUCCAGCUCCUCCCAAAAAGUCUGCUCCACCUCCUCCCAUCACUGUGAAACAAAUGGACUACCACUGCGACCCUUACUGGGAUCCCGAUUGCCUCAUGGACUACCCCCUCAGUCCCGUGCAGGACACCACGGAGCCUGUUGAAGAGAAGGCGGUGAACGAGGACGACGCAAACGCUGAGGAAAGCGUGCCUGCAGGAAGCACCAAGAAAGAAGACAACAACCCUUACUUUGACCCCUAUGAUUUUAAACGUGACCUCUAUGACCCCUCCCACUUUGCCAAUCCAGACCCUGAGGAGCAGUAA